AUGGCAGGUGGCGGCGUCAAGAAACCCAUCAAUAUCUUCAAGCUCGGAGAGCUAGGUGAGCCCAAGGGCGUCUUUAACUGGCGACUAUGGUUUGCCGUCAUCUCCUUCGGCCUCAUGGGCGCGGCCCGUGGUGUCGAUGAAGGUCUCAUCUCUGGCGCCUUCGGCUCCAAGGAUUUCCAAAGAUUCAUCCACUACGAGACCUACAGCGCGGCUGAGCGGACCAACAUCAAGGCCAACGUCUCUGCCAUGGUUCAGCUGGGCUCCAUUGUCGGUGCUCUCUUCGCUUUCGUCAUCUGCGACAAGAUCGGCCGUAUCUGGGCCACUCGUCAGCUUUGCGUCAUCUGGAUCAUCGGUAUUGCCAUCUUCAUGGCCAACAAUGGACAUCUCGGCGCUGUCUACGCCGGCCGUUUCAUUGCCGGUCUCGGUGUCGGUCAGACGCCCGUUGUCGCACCCGUAUAUCUCGCCGAGAUCGCCCCGGCUUCCAUCCGCGGUCUGUGCACUUGCGUCUUCACCGGCUUCGUCUACCUCGGUAUUGUGCUUGCCUACUUCACGAACUACGGCUGCCAGAUCCACCUCGGUGACAACACCCACAACCGCUGGCUCGUGCCCACCUCGCUGCACAUCAUGUUUGCCGGCAUCAUCUUCAUUUUGACCUUCUUCCAGUACGAAUCUCCUCGCUUCCUCGUCAAGCAAGGCAAGAUCGAGCAGGCUACUGAGACCAUGGCCCACCUUCGUCAUCUCCCUGUUGAUCACGAGUACGUCACCCGCGAGAUCUACAGCAUCCAGCAUGCCCACCACGAGGAGCUUGAGGCCACCAAGGGUGCCACUUGGUACGGAAAAGUCAAGGAGCUCUUCCUGGUCCCUAGCAACUUGUACCGCCUCUACCUCUCUACUUUUGUGCAGUUCCUCUCCCAGUGGUCCGGUGCUGGUUCCAUUACCCUCUACGCUCCUGAUCUGUUCAAGAUUCUCGGUGUUGAGGGCCAGAACGAGUCUCUCCUCAUCACCGCCGUUUUUGGUGUUGUCAAACUCACUGCCGCCAUUCUCUGCGCUCUGUUCCUUGUGGAUGUCAUCGGCCGCAAGCGUGCUCUGCUCACGGGCAUCACUCUGCAGGCCAUCGCCAUGCUCUACAUCGCCGCCUUCCUCACCCACGUCCCCCGGCUCGGGGUUGAUGACUCCUAUGAGCUGCCUGAACACCUGGUCGGGGUCAGCAAGGGUGCUAUUGCCAUGAUUUACGUUUCUGGCUUCGGUUGGGCCCUUGGCUGGAACUCGAUGCAGUACCUCCUCACUGCCGAGCUCUUCCCCCUCCGCGUCCGCGCUCUCGCUACCUCGUGGGCUAUGACUCUUCACUUCGCCAACCAGUACGGUAACAGCCGUGCCGUCCCCAACAUGCUUGCGUCUACAGCUGUUGGUGGUAUUUCUCCCAUGGGUACCUUCUGGUCUUUCGCCGCGAUCACCCUACUCGGCGGUGCCUGGGUUUGGUUCUUUGUGCCUGAGACCUCUGGUCGCGCUCUGGAGAGCAUGGACCGUCUGUUUGAGCUUCCCUGGUACAAGAUUGGUCUGUACGGUAACAGGGAUGCCGAAGAGAGGGAUAUUGUCUACAACGAGAAGCAGGAUGCUGCUGAAGCUGUUCUCGGGCAGGCAGAGCACGCGGAGAAGAGGAAUACCCAAGUUUAA